AUGCUCAUGCAUAUGCAUGCACAAAUCGCGCAUCUCUAAAUUUUCUUUUUCCCUCUUCUCAAAACCUUCAUACUACAAUACAAUGGGUAGAGUUUGGUUCACGGCGCCGUUGACGGCGCUGUUACUGCUCGCAUUUUCCUCCGCGGUUAGUUCGUGUCCACAGUCGGACCUGGCGGCGCUGUUGGCCUUCAAAUCCGCUCUCCGGGAGUCCAACGACGGCAUAUUCAACACGUGGACCGGCACCGACUGCUGCCACAACUGGUACGGCAUCUCCUGCGACCGCAACACCCACCGCGUCGCCGAGAUCAGCCUCCGCGCCGGUCCCGUCUACACCACCUUCGAGAAGCCCUUCCGUCCUGGCUACAUGUCCGGUUCCAUCUCGCCGGAGAUUUGCAAGCUCACUCACCUCUCCAGCAUCAUCAUCACCGAUUGGCAGGGAAUCUCCGGCGAGAUCCCGCGCUGCAUCACCUCCCUCUUCUUCCUCCGCAUCAUCGACCUCACCGGAAACCGCAUCGCCGGCACUCUCCCCUCCAACAUCGGAAGACUUCGCCAUCUGACUCUUCUCAGCGCCGCCGAUAACGUCAUCGCCGGCAUAAUCCCGCCGUCGCUAACCAACGUGACCGGUUUGAUGCAUCUUGACCUCCGUAACAACCGGAUCUUCGGGCCCAUCCCACGAAGCCUGGGCCGGCUUCAAAUGCUGAGCCGCGUCCUUUUAAGCGGGAACCAUAUUAGUGGGCCCAUCCCGCGUUCAUUCUGUCAUAUAUAUCGUCUGGUGGAUCUGGACCUCUCUAAUAACCGUUUAUCUGGGUCCAUCCCUGAAGCUUUGGGCCGAAUGAAGGUACUAUCGACGUUGAAGUUGGACUCUAACAGGCUUUCGGGAAGUAUACCGGCGAGCCUUUUGGGCUCGGGUAUCAGUGAGUUGAACUUGAGCCACAAUUAUUUGGAGGGAAAUAUACCUGACUCGUUUGGAGGUAGCUCUUAUUUCACGUUACUGGACUUAUCGUAUAAUAACCUCAAGGGCCCAAUACCCAAAUCCAUGUCUUCCUCUUCCUACGUUGGGUUUGUGGACUUUAGCCACAACCACCUCUGCGGCCCAAUUCCCAGCAGCUACAGUGAUGCCGAUGCGUCGUCGUUUGAUUACAACGAUUGCCUUUGUGGAAAGCCACUCAAAGCUUGCUAAUUAAUGCUAUUCGAUCUAUAUGAUUAUAUCAACAACUGAGACUGAUAGUGUGAUUGAUCUCAUUCACUCUUUUCUAAUCACCAAUGUGUUUUUCUCGUCAUAUUAAUUCAUAUUUUUGUCUGCUUUAUUUCGUUUAAUUUGUAAAAUAAAAUACUAGUAGAAGGUUUAAUUUCCUGUCAUCCAUGCACACGCACGUCAUGUUAAGAUGUGCAUGAAUUUGAAUUCAACCAGCCCUCAAUCUUUAUUAACACAAA